AGUUUCGUUCGAAAGUAGCUUGUGAAAAUGACAAAAUGCCACUUGAAUGCAAUCCUUAUUCAAGGAUUGCAAUAUACAGUGCUUCCUUUGGCUACAUAGAACGCGAAAGUGUACAAUGCCCGCAUAACAAUUCACAAAACGCUCCAGACACAAAUGCUAAACAGACUUGCCUGGUUUCUUAUGCUACGGAGACUGUUAUGCAAAUUUGUCACGGGCGACGACGUUGCUCUAUAACUGCGGAUGCUGGUACUUUCGGCAGACCCUGCAAAAACGAUAUACCCAUGCAUUUAAAGGUCGUUUAUACUUGCAUACCGCGUAAAGUACUUAAGGAUCGCUAUGAAACUGCACCGGAACCAGAUGAGCCUCAACAAACUGAAUUGGAUUUAGAUCAAGAUGAACUCUAUGAUGAGGAUCAAUUUUACAAGGAAGGCGAGGCUAUACCACCGGCACCUAAAUUACAAGGGGCAAUACCAAAUUCUGGCUUUCCCUAUGAUUUCAAUAUGCGUUCUAGCGAACCCACAACAACACUGAUGCCAUCGAUACUCUCACGCAACGAUAACUCAUUGGAGGAUGAUCAUAAUGAUAGUGAUAAUGAUGAUGAAUACAAGUAUAAUAAUGACAAGGUUGUUGUUAACCAUGAUGACGAAGAUAAUGAUGACAGAAUUGACAAUGAUGAUGUUGAAUCAUCAUUAUUCAAUAAAAUUAACACAAUUCACAACCUGUCAAAAAUAUUCUUCAGUAAUGAAUUAGAGUCUCCAGAAACUACAACAAUUUUCUCAUCAACGAAAACCUCAAGUUCUGAGAAUUAUCAAACUGAUGUUGGAAAUGGCAGUGAUGAUGAUGAUGAUGAUGAUGAUGAAUUAGCAAUUUCUCAUCAUUACAUUUAUCGCAAAAGGUGUCAAAUGGAGGAUGAUUGGGGUACAAUUGGUUUAAAUUGCACUGAUGAUGACAUUAUCAAAGAGCGUGUUGUCGUCAUUGGUUUCCUUGUCAACUGGAUGAAAACUUUUAUUCAUAUUAAAAAAAAUCAAGAACAAUUCUAUCUGUAUUUAAUCAUAUCUGUCGCUGUUGGCAUGUUGCUGAGUCUGACUCUGGUAAUUGGUCGUCUGACCCUCCAGCGAAGGCGUUCUUGCCGCAAAAAUAGUCUAUCGAGCUGUAGUAACAACGAGAAAAAUAGCAGUGAUAAAAUGGGUAGCACCGGCGGUAUUGGUGGUGGUGCUGGUGAUAAUAAUAAAUUUCAACAUGAGCCAACAGCACGUGAAACACAAUUAAGCGGCUCCUUUGCAGAUGAUAUAUCUGACAUUGAUGCUGACAUUGACUUGACUAGUCCAAUGCCAGUGCCAAGUCUUUCAACGAGAAAUGAGACCUACAUGACAUAUGCCCCAAUACCAAAUUGUACAUACGGCUCAUUGGGCGACCAUUCAUCUACAAAUUAUGGCACAGCAACAACGAUGCUCAUGCCUUCAACAUCUCAACACAAUAGUUUAAUGAUGCCCGCAGGACACAAUAGCAAUAACAGCAGUGGCAAGCCAAUAGGCUGUCCAACAGUGGUCGGAAGUAGACAAACAACGCCACCUCCACCUGGCUCACUUUACACCAGCAUGGGAGUCUGUUCGCCAUCCGUUAGUGGGACAAUGACAAUGGGUCCCCACAUCCUUACACCUUCAAUUUUAAAUACAGCAUCCAAUCAAAAUAUGGGAGGUCCUUCAUAUUUAAGUGGAACGAUAAUGGUCCCAGGGCAUCAUCAUUCACAUACAGGAACAUUACGAAGGCAAUUAAUACCAACAAGUAUGGGAAUGAUGAACACUACUCAGUCUUCUUUAGUGGGCGGAAAUACAGGUACACAUUCAAUGGUAGGAGUACCAACAUCAUCCAGUGUAUACUAUGACACCACAAUACCCCGACAUCUUAACCGAGGAGUGUCAGCAGAUAAUACACAAUACUUUUACGGAUGACAUUCAUUAAAUCGUAAAGCUUCGUUACCAAUUGCAAUUGCCGUGAGACCAGCACAAAUGAAUUUAAACAUGAUGCCCCUAACAGCUACUAUGGGUUCGAUGACGGGUUCACCGGCCCAAGCAACUUGUAAUAGUCGCACGGGUACACCUACUGGUACGGCAUCAUUAAAAGGUACCAUGAUACCAGAAAUACCAUCUAUAACCGUGACUUCUUCACCAAAUCCGAAUUCAGCCCAAACAUUUAUGGGUCCACGACAUACAUUAAAAUCGACAAACAAUGAUGACAUACAACAAAGCCAACUACAUAAUUCGCCCCAGCGGCAACCUACAUCGCAAACUCACAAUGUAGCUAAUGUAAGUGGUGAUGAAAAGUCACAAACAAAUCAAGAUAGAAGUAAUUGUUUCUAGAAAUUUUUAUACCAAAAAUAGUUUAUUAGAUUAUUAUAUAGUAUAAAUAUCAUUUUUUUCUAAAUAUGUACAUAAACAUUUUUUAUUAAGAAAUUUAGCAAGUUUUAAUCCUCUGCGGAUUAAGUAUGUAGUACUUAAAAAAAAUUAUAAGUUUACACAUAGAUAUGUACAUAUGUACAUUUGUAUGUAUCUUAAAACAAUUGUAUCUAUGUAUUGUUAAGUUAAGUACUCUUAUGUUGUAAGUACUAGUAGUACUGUAAGACUUGUUUGAAACAAAGUUAGUGACUUUAUAGUAAUUAACGGUUUUACAAAAACAAAUACAAACAUACGAGUAGAUUUUUUAUUAAUUACAAUUAAUAUGUAUUAAAUGAGAAAUACUUAUUUUAUAUGUAAGUCUAUUAAGGAAAUGUAAUCAAUUUUUCCAUCUAUCUCCUAAACUAUAAUAAAGAAACGACAUCAAAGCAACAA